CGCACAACGCGUCUCACGCAACGCUCUGUGUUUUGGAGAAGAACGGAAGAUGGCGACCUCAAACAAUCCGCGAAAAUUCAGCGAGAAAAUCGCCCUGCACAACCAGAAGCAGGCGGAGGAGACGGCGGCGUUUGAAGAGGUCAUGAAAGACCUGAGCAUCACGCGAGCAGCGCGGCUGCAGUUACAGAAGACCCAGUAUUUGCAACUAGGCCAGAAUCGAGCUCAGUGCUAUGGAGGGUCACUGCCCAAUGUCAAUCAGAUUGGAAAUAGCAACACUGACCUCCCUUUUCAGACGACGGUUUUAGACACCAGUCGGACGUCCCGACAUCACGGCCUGGUGGACCGCGUGUAUCGUGACAGGAAUCGCAUCGCUUCUCCGCAUCGUAGACCUCUCUCUGUGGACAAGCAUGGACGUCAGAUCGACAGCUGUCCCUAUGGCUCAGUAUAUCUGUCACCACCUCCCGACACAAGUUGGAGAAGAACCAACUCUGACUCAGCUCUACACCAGAGCGCUGUGAAUCCAGCUCCACAGGACACUUUUGUUGGUGGAUCUCAGGAACUGCAGUCGAAAGGAGUAAAAACAUUGCUGUUGCUCACCCCUCCAGAUACAGAGGACACUGAAUCAGAGAUGGAGCAAGACGAGCCCAAAGCAUCUCUGCAUACAGAGUCCUGUGACGUUCCUGGGAUUAACCAUUGUUUAAAAACUGAAGACGAUCAGAGCAGAUUCUAUUCUGUCCAGAACGCUGUAGGACCUCAGUUCAAGCAGCAGCGCGGAGCACAAGUCUUUUCCACUUAUAAGCCGAUGACGAUGGACAGCCUGUCUCUGGAGCAGCAGUUGUCUCAGUACUCACUGCUGAGUUUACUGAACGACCUGCAGAAACAGCCACACAGCCUCCCUCAGAACAUUCGUCUCAUACGCCUCCCGCCUCUCACCGUAAGCUCCACCCCCAACACCACCAGCCAAUCACAGACAGCCACAAGCGGAACUGCCAGCUCGUACCGCAGUCAGACCGGCUCUUCAGCCAAUCAGUCACCCUCGUCUCCAGUGUCCAAUCAGGGCUUCUCACCCGGCGGCUCACCACAACAUAUUCAGGUGGUUGGAAGCAUCUUUGGAGAUUCAUUUUAUGAUCAGCAACUUCCAUCCAGACAGACCAAUGCCCUUUCAAACCAGCUGGAGCAGUUCAACAUGAACAUGAUGGAGAAUCCGGGCGGCUCUAGUCACUGUUCAACGCUGAACUACACACAAGCAGCCAUGAUGGGUCUAACCGGGAGCCACGGCGGUCAGCAGGACGCGCUGCAGCUCGGUUACAGUAGCCAUGGCAACAUCCCCAACAUCAUUCUCACAGUAACGGGAGAAUCUCCGCCGAGUCUCUCCAAAGAACUCACCAGCUCGUUGGCCAGCGUUGGUGACGUCAGCUUUGACGCGGACUCUCAGUUCCCGUUGGACGAGUUGAAGAUUGACCCCUUGACACUGGACGGACUGCACAUGCUCAACGACCCGGAUAUGGUUCUCGCCGACCCGGCCACGGAGGACACGUUCCGCAUGGAUCGACUGUGAAGCUGUGAAUGCACUUCGAAGCCAGACAUUCCUCUGCAUGGCGUCUCUGUUCACCAUCUGGUCAGUGGCCGUCCACGUCCCCCCAACCACCUACGUAACAGCAUGCUGCCAAACCGCUCGUGGCCAGGGGCCGGUGGAGGCGGCGGCCAGGGUUUGGGGGGGGUGGUGGAGGUGGAAGUGCUGUAUCCACACUGGAUAGUUUCCAAUGCGCAAUACCAUCCACCAUCCACUCUCUUCACGUAUUCAUGGUUUGGCUAGUCGCCAAUGCGCGGUUUCUAUUUAUUCCUUUUUAGUUGUUUAUCCUUUUGAUUUCAUGGAUCAUCCUAUGUUUAUUCGUAUUUACAUUUCCAAAUUUCAUCUAUUUUUUAAUGUUUGCAUAACUAUGCCAUGUCUUUGAAGAAAUAUCCAUCUGUGUGAUGAUGUGUGUGAAAUCGACAUAUUUGUUUCGAUUGUAUUUAUUAUAAUUAUUUUUUUAAUUACAGAUCUAAAUAUAUAUUAUUUAAUCAUAUUUAUGUAAGGAGCACUACUCCCCCAGGUUGUGUAUCAAGGGUUUAAGGGAGCGUUGCUCAUUGUACGCCGGAAGGCAUAAAGUUUGCUUUUACAAAAUGGCUUCCAUGACGAUUCGUUUUGCUAGCAUUUUUUGUAUCAUCCAAACAUCUCAAGAUGUCACGAUCGGUUUCAUUCUUUCGGUAUCAAGUUUCUUGCAGGAGGACAGCAGUCUCUAAAUAGAAAUGUGACCCAUCUUUUGGUGUUUUUGUGGACUGUCGCGUGACUUUCUGUACGCAUACGUUAUUUAUUUGAAUGUUAUGGCUGAAAUGUACGCUUCAACGGUGGUCAGUAAAUAUGUGACCCUCGAGCUGCUGCAGAAACCUGCUGAACACUUCACUGUGAGAGGACCUGAUUUUGCCUUACAUGAACAAAAUGCUGUUUUUAACUUUUAAUGUGUUUUUCUAAUCGUCCCUCUCGAUAUUUUUGUUUUAACAAUGCCAUUUUGUUUAGUAUCGAAUGCUGUGUAGUUUGUACUUGUACUGCCAAACUUAACUCAAGGUUCUGUUGUGAAGCUGAUGUCAGUCAUCUGGCUUGGGGAGAGUAAUGCUCCUUAUUCUGUGCUGUUUAUGGGAGUUUGUGUUUGUCAUUCCCAUGCGUAUGUUCAAGCCCUGUCGCACCUUGAUCAAGUGAUGUGUUUUUCCCCUCGAGUGCUAUAGGAAGGAACUAAGGAAUCACUCAUUUACAAUUCAGUGACGCAGUUAUGAUCUCUAUACUGUAUACAGUGGGGUCCAAAAAACACAGCUUUUUGGUUCAAACCUGGAGUGAAAAGCGUUCAAAUCAAUGAAGCAAAGGGAAUGAUAAGAAAGAUAUAUUAGGAUUCAAAUGUGAAUUUUGAUAUUUAUUUCUUUAUUUUAUUUUUCGUUAAACUGGUGCAUUGAUAAUUGUAGAGGCUUGUUUCUGCCAUGGAAU